AUGGUUUCUUUGACAUGGAAUGACUGCCUACGGAUCGCAUCAGAAGCAGCGGGUGCUCUAUGUUAUCUCCACUCUGCAGCCUCAAUAUCAAUAUUUCAUCGUGAUGUGAAGUCCUCUAAUAUACUCCUAGACACAAACAAUGCAGCAAAAGUUUCGGAUUUCGGUGCUUCAAGAAUUGUCCCCAUUGAUCAAACUCAUGUUGCUACAAAUGUUCAGGGCACAUUCGGUUAUUUAGAUCCAGAAUACUACCAGACUGGGCAGCUAAAUGAGAAGAGUGAUGUUUACAGUUUUGGUGUGGUACUCCUAGAACUUCUUAUCAGGAAAAAACCUGUUUUUACAGCUGAGUCGGGAAUGGCCGAGAGCUUGUGUAACUACUUCCUCUUGAAGAUCAGGUCGAGGCAACCCAAAGAAAUAGUGGCGGCACAAGUUCUUGAAGAAGCGAACGAGGAGGAGAUCAACGGGGUUGCUUCUCUUGCGGAAAAGUGCUUGAGGCUAAAAGGUGAGGAAAGGCCUACAAUGAAGGAAGUCGAGACAACAUUGCAGCAAUUACGAAUGAAUCGUACAAAUUCAUCCCAAGUUGAUCCAGCCGUUGAGUAUGAGAUGCAAGGCCACCAGUCCAUGGCCAUGAACCUAGCCGGGAGAACUUAUCAUGUAACAUCUCACAACAGCCAAAACGCAUGCUAUAGCUUGGAGCAGGAGUUCCUCGCAUCCGCUAGCCUGCCCCGCUAG